CUCCAGAAGCAAAAACUGAGGAGGCCUUUUGAGGCCCUGGAGAAUAUUGUCGGCCGCAGAAUUUCUCACGGCUGGAAGGAAGCCAAUGAACCAGUCACCCAGUGGAAAGCCAUCAUUCUAGAUCAACUGCCAACAAAUCCCUCUCUCUAUUUGUUGAAGUAUGAUGGGAUAGAUUGUGUCUAUGGAUUGGAGCUUCACAGUGAUGAAAGGAUUUUAAACCUUAAGUUCCUGCCUAACAACGUACCAUUUCCUCAGGAGACAGACACUCAUCUCUCAAACACCAUAGUUGGCAGAGCAGUGAAACAUACAUUUGAGGGCACAAAUGGCUCUAAGGAUGACUGGAAGGGGAUGGUCCUAGAGGAGGUGCCAAUCAUGAAGACCUGGUUCUAUAUUACCUACAAGAAAGAUCCGGUCUUGUACGUUUACCACCUCCUGGUUGACUACCUUGAAGGCAACCUCCACAUGAUGCCAGGCUCUAUGGAGGAACCUGUUUCUACAUUACCUACAAGAAAGAUCCAGGAUUCCUUGGCAGGCAAAAGCUUGCAGCACAACGAAAAAGAUGGAACCCAAAAGAUAGGUAAAAUUAUUUACCAAGUUCCCACCAAACCUUCCGUGCAUUUCAUCAAGUGUGAUAAUGACUUCCAUAUCUAUGUCUAUGAUUUGAUGAAGAUCUCUUAA